UACAAACUAGACUGGGUAGGCUGCACUGCUGCGUUCGAGAAACGCAGGUUUACAUAUUCCACAUAUGUGUAGUUAGGCCCCAGUGCCUGCGCAAAAGCCCCGCUGAAUGUAGUGCUCAACCGCACAGCAGGAUUUAGAGCUCAGUACCGUCCAGCUAGCCGUAGCACUGAUUUCCCUUUCUUAUCCAAACGGGCUCUUAAAACGGGGUGUGGGAGCUUGUACGUUACCCAUCUCUGCUUAAAGCCUGCUUGUAACGACGGCUUCUUAAAAUAACGAAAUUUAAAUAAAGACGUCCGAAGAUUCCUUAGAGGAAGCUCAAUGUAAGCGAGCGACUAGCAGCUACAAAGUUCACACAGGACGUCAUGGACCCGCCUGUGGACGCGUGGGUCGUCCUGCCCGCAGUCGUCUUCACACUGCUCGCUGUGGUCGUAGCAACUGUUGUGUUGAGAAAAAACGAGCGUCCUGCAGAUUCGACAUCCACCCCGAAGAGCAGGGACGUUUCGGAGGACACACAUAAGGAAUGUGAGCUGUCGAGGCCGCUAGAGGCGCUCGGACACAGCACCGGAGAGAGGGAGAGAACCACCGAGCGCUCUGAGCUCUCAAGCAAAGGCAAUGAAUCACAGUCCACAGCUCACACAGUCCGGAACCUUGAGGAGAAACCAUAUAAAUCACACCAAGUGCUUGUUGGCAAUAAAUGUGAAGCUGCUGUUGCACGGAAUGAUGAGUCUGCCAGCUUUCCCUCAGUCAAAAAAGGAGGUCAUGAGGAGAAGCCCCUGAGGUACAUGCCUGGAAUGCUGCGAACAAGCCAGCUUGAGAAGAUGAUGAGUAAAGAAGAGCUGGAGGAAGAACGGAGAGUUCAACAGGAGCAGUUAGCCGCUAUCUUCAAGCUGCUAAAGGAAAACCAGGAUACAUUUGGUGAGGUGACAGAGAAAGACAUGGAGGAACAGCUCAAGCUUUACUCCAUCUGAAGAAGACUGUACUGAACUUGCAGCAAGAAGGGACAGGAGAGAAGGGACGUACGCCAUGCCGGGUUAGCCUAACCAAUCAGUGUCGAUGCUCAGAUGUGAGGAAAAAUCACACAGAUAUGUGAAAAUGAUUCCAUCCGUCAUGAUUUUGAACAUGAACCACAACUCCAAAAUUCUAAAGGCCAUUGUAUUUAGUCAAGUUUCUUUCAGCUUCCAGCUGCUCAACAGCAUUUUUGAAUGCAACUUGCUCUCCAUCUUUACUUACAUUUUUGUUCGUUUUUAUAGAUUGUUAGAUCCUUUGCUCUGAUGGGGUAUUAAGGGAACACUCCAGCCACAAUAAAAAAUGUCUACAUCUCUACAUAUCACUACAUCUGUUGUAAAUAUUCCAACUCUGCAUUCUACAGUGGUGCCACCGUAGUAUCUAGUGUGAAAUUUUCUGGUUUAGAAGGAAAAUACCCUUCUGAAGAUGUCUCACGGAGCUUGGAGGAACAAUUAAAAAAACCUGCCGUUGCUUUGGGAUUUUUGUGGGAAAUGUCUUUGUUCCCCCCACAAGCUGAUGAAUGUAAGGAAGACCACUAACAUUACUGCUUAGAUGCCAAAUAUUCUCUUGCAGCCAUGCAACUUCUUCAAAUUGUCAUUAUAAUAAAGACAAUGAAUAUACUCAAGUGACAGAAAUGACUUGUCAGAUAAAGAGGACAAGUUAAAAGCUAGUUAGCAAGGUCAGCAAGGUAGGUACCUGAAUAUCAAGAUAUCUUUCCUCAGUUUGGCUUCUUUUCUCUGGCUUAAAGGGUAAAAACUCUGAUGUCUUAAUUUGUGCUUAAUAAAUGUAGAAUUGACAAUUGGCUGUAUUUGUUAGCCUGUAGAUGAGUGGCUAGGCUAGCAGUCAGGAUUGGUUGACACAAGGAUUUUCAAUGGUUGUAUGAUGUAUGUGUAAUUUAUGCUCUGUACUGUAUUGAGGGAACAGUGAUGAAUGAUUGAUGGAACGAUAUAUAAAACACAAAUGGACGAGGCUGAGGAGUACGAUGUUGUGCUAGGCCGGAAUGCCCCAGAAAGUUAUUGCAUUAGUCUACAAGGAACAAACAAAGGAACAAACAAAGGCACUAUAGACACAGCUUUUACACAGUCAGUCCUGAUACAAAAGUAUUUAUCUGCAGUAAUUCAUAAAUAAAAAAGUAAUACAUUAUGCAUAAAUCUGCAACAUAAAUAGUUUUGCUGUGAUUGACCAGCAAUUUCAGUGAACUCCAAAUAAAGCAUUUGCCAACGUUG